AUUAUUGAUCUAUAACAGUCAAGGUCAGGAUAUUUUACCCCUUAUUAAAAAAUAUAUCAUGAAAAAGAAAAGGGUUAGGUAUUUGGCUAUUAAUAAUUAUUUCUAUGAAUCUACAUUUGAUAGAUAUGGUGAUAAUAUUAAGGAAUUGAUUUCAUUGAAAGAUGAAGUGAAGGAAUUUAGGUUAUAUAAUAUUGAAGUCCAGAGUUAUUCUGGUUUAGUGAUUGACAUGCAUAAUUAUAUAAAGGAAAUCAAUUGAUUGUUUGGAUAGUAAUAUU